GCAGUGGCACCGUCGACGGAGGUGUAGGAGGAAGACCGUCCGAUCAAGAUCUAGUUGGGUCUACCAAUGUGACGAGUAGGAGUGAAGGACACACCAGAUCCGACGUCGUUUUGAGGACGUGGUCCAUCUCACCUUGACGUCAUGGUUUCGUGGGGUUGGGGCCCACUUCGAGCGGGAAAUCCACGUAAGGCUUCAGUAAAAAGCCGAGAGAUACAAUCACAUGUUGCCGUUCUCAGGAAUGGUCCCCCACGUGGAUCUGCAAAUUCAAUCAUGAGAGUUCAGUUCGCUAAAUCCAGCCUCCCCCGGUUCGACUUAUCCAUUCUGGAUUCUGCCUCUAACAUACUGUUUGGGCCUCUCAAUCUUAUGGAUGGCCCAUUGUUGUCGACUUUCAUUUGGGCUUUCGGCCCAGUCCAGUUUUAUAAACACUCCAUUACUGAAAAUAGAGAUAGAAAAAAAAAAAAAAAAAAGGAAUUAUAGAAAAGAGUCUCUCUGAUUUAGAAAAUCUCCAAGAAUUUUGGAAAUGUGUCCAAAAGUUCCAAAAGCAGAUCGACAAGAAACAUCUCCCAAACCUUCACCUCCUUCGAUCUUCACCAUUGUCAUCUUCUUCAUUUCAUCCUUCCCAUUCAAGUCACGUGGCAAGCACUCGCAGUUUCCCUGUCAAACUCAGCUCACCUCCUUCUCCGGCGCCGCUCCCCAACCCCUGCGGUGCCCAUUUCCAGAAUAUCCUCUGUAAAUUAGCGUUUCCAAGAUGAAAUCUGAAGCACUGACUUUAAUGUUGAUCAAUUUGGCCGCUGUUAUGGAGAAGGCCGACGAAUCCUUGUUGCCCGGAGUCUAUAAAGAAGUUGGGGCGGUUCUGCACACCGAUCCCGCUGGGUUGGGUUCCCUAACCCUCUUCAGAUCUAUUGUGCAGUCCUCUUGUUACCCUUUAGCUGCUUACUUAGCUGUGCAUCACAACCGUGCCCAUAUCAUUGUUCUUGGUGCUUUUCUCUGGGCCGCUGCCACUUUCCUCGUUGCCCUUUCCUCCACAUUCUUACAGGUCGCAAUUUCCAGAGGUUUAAAUGGUAUUGGUCUUGCCAUAGUGAUACCAGCCAUCCAGUCCCUAGUGGCCGACUCCAUUGAUGAUAGUAACCGUGGCUUAGCUUUUGGAUGGCUACAACUAACAGGAAAUCUUGGUUCCAUUAUUGGUGGGCUUUGUUCUGUAUUAUUAGCCUCCACAUCUUUCUUAGGGAUCCCAGGAUGGAGAAUUGCCUUCCAUCUCGUUGGACUGAUGAGCGUCGUUCUUGGUGUACUAGUAUGGGUUUUUGCAAAUGAUCCACGCUAUUCUGUGAUUGAUGGAAGAGUUAAGGAUCAAUCAAGGAAGCCAUUGUGGUCAGAAUUGAAGGAUCUUGUUAAAGAAUCAAAGUCAGUUUUAGGGAUCCAAUCUUUUCAGAUAAUUGUUGCUCAGGGUGUUGCUGGUUCAUUUCCUUGGUCGGCUUUGUCAUUUGCUCCUAUGUGGCUUGAACUUGUGGGGUUUUCUCAUGAGAAAACAGGGUUUCUAUGGGCUCUUUUUAUAAUUGCUGGCUCAUUGGGUGGCCUUUUUGGAGGAAGAAUGGGGGAUAUACUAUCAAAGCGCUUUCCUAAUUCAGGAAGAAUUGUUCUAUCUCAGAUAAGCUCAGGUUCUGCCAUUCCUCUUGCUGCAAUUUUGCUCCUGGUUUUGCCAGAUGAUCCAUCCACUGGAUUCUUGCAUGGACUGGUUUUGUUCAUAAUGGGUUUUAGCAUGUCGUGGAAUGGACCAGCAACUAACAACCCAAUAUUUGCUGAGAUAGUCCCAGAGAAGUCGCGCACGAGUAUUUACGCUAUGGAUCGAUCAUUUGAGUCGGUUCUGUCGUCGUUUGCUCCUUCUGUUGUAGGAGUUCUGGCACAGCAUGUUUAUGGAUAUAAACCAGUAGCAAGAGGAUCCUCUGAUUCUGCCCAGAUUGAAAGUGAUAGAGAGAAUGCGAAAUCACUAGCCAGAGCACUCUACACAGCCAUUGGUAUUCCGAUGUUGGUGUGCUGCUUCAUCUACUCUUUCCUGCAUCGUUCAUAUCCAAGAGACCGAGAGCGAGCUAGAAUGCAGGCCUUGAUAGAGUCUGAAAUGCUGCAUAUGGAGGCAUGCUGUUCACCUCUGUACAGGCGAGAAAAUGUGUUUCAGAUUUCAGUGGGAAAAGAUGAUGAUGAGGAUCAAACAGAGAUUGAUCUAAUCUAUGGAAUUGAAGACAGUCUUGAUUUCAAUGAUGACAAUGAUGAAAAGCAUCAUCUUCACAGUUUCUGAUUCAAAAAUGUAGAUCAACAUGAUUGGACGCAGUACUUUGGUGCAGAUUUUUUUAGUACAUCUUCUUUCAAACUCUAUACUAAACAUUAUUCUUUUGUAAUGCUUCAGCCAUUGUUAACCACAACCUAGCUAAUUAAGGGAAAGAUCAUAGUUGAUACAAGAUUUUUUGGUUUCAGUAGAAUUCCAGAACAAGAUGAGACAUGUUUGAUAGGCUGUAUGGCACGAGUAUUGUUAUGUGAAAGGGCUCUAUUCCGAAAUAGCUUUCCCCUAUCUUUUUCAUUUAAAGUAAAACAGGUAACAACGAGGCAGUGUCUUCAUUUACAAGUGCACAUGGAAAUGAUUCACAUUUGAAGUCCCCUCUUUUUCCUUUCCACUUUUUGCUCCCUUUCACAUUCAAAUUCAAACUCCCUUUUUAGGAAUGUCUCAUUUUUAGGAAUGUCUCAUUCCCUUCUCCAACCAAUAUAUGAACGUCCGUUGAGACCUCUCUG